AUGAAGCUGAAGGCUGUGCUGGGGGACAUGAGUCAGUGGGGGGAGGAUGACUUCGCCCGCAACUGCACCUACAUCGUCCACGACCAGGUGUCAGACCCCAGCUUUGGGGUCCCCCGUGCCAUGACCUCCAUCCCUCGCAAUCUGACCUUCGAGUAUGGCCCCGACAACGAGGUGACAGGUGUUUUCAGUAAAGAAUACAUUCCCCAGGGUACCCGUUUUGGCCCACUCCAAGGUGAUAUCUACACCAAAGAAAACGUCCCCAAGCACGCUAACAGGAAGUACUUCUGGAGGAUCUACUGUGGUGGACAGCUGCACCACUUUGUUGACGGCUAUGACGUGCACCGAAGCAACUGGAUGCGUUACGUCAACCCGGCACGCUCGCUGUCGGACCAGAACCUUGUGGCGUGCCAGAACGGCCGGGACGUCUUCUUCUACACCAUCCGGCCCGUGGAGCCGCAGCAGGAGCUGCUGGUGUGGUACAGCCCAGAGUUCUCCGAGCGUCUGCGGAGUUCUCCGCCGGGGGAUGGCCAGCAGCACCCACAGAAACAUGUGAGUACAGACCUUAGAGAGCAGAAUAUCCACAGACAUCACCUACCUCACUGGGCCAUGCGCCCUGAACAAGACCAAAGGAGCGAGGAGGAGGGGAGGAGGGAGGAGAAGGGGGUGGAGGAGGAAGAGGAGGAGAGAAUAGACGUGGAGGUGGUGGAGAGAGACACUCCGCCCGACACUCCCGAUGACCAAAUCAUGGACUGCAGCAAGAGGGUGCGCAAAGACCCGCCCUCAACCCCAUCGCUCUGCUCCAACCCCAGAGAGCCCACCCCGCCCGCCAACCCCUACACCUGCCCUGGGGGCCUCCCGGAUACCCCUUCACCCCACCGGGACGUCCCACUCCACCUGCACGGUCUGUACGGCCAUGGGGAGGGCUUGGUGUCCUACCCGCUUUACCCUCCCUCUGGACACCUGCAGCCCCCCUACCAGUUCCUCCCCCCCUACAGCCCCCACUACCACUGCCUCUUCUUGCCCCAGUACUCCCCACCCUUGCGAGGUGUGCUGCCGUCCAGAGGCAAUGCAGGGUACAGCAGCUACCUGGGCAGCGAUGGCUUGCCCUUCCCUAUACCGACCCAGCCAGGCUUGCUCCCAGCCUCCAUGCCCUACCCUGCCCCAUGCCAGGGCGGGCUGAAGGAAAGACCCCCCAACACCUCCCCACCCCAGGGAGCUCCCGCCACCCCUGAACUCUCACCCUUGCCCAAAGCACCGCACUCACCCCAGCAGUCCCCGAUGCAGCCCACCCCUGGGCGAGACGAAGCCAUCAACCUCAGCAUGACCACGCCAAAGAAGAGCCCCACGGCCCCGUCGGUCCCAGGGUACAAGUCUCUGCCCUACCCGCUGAAAAAACAAAAUGGCAAGAUCAAGUAUGAGUGCAAUGUCUGCCUGAAGACCUUCGGACAGCUCUCCAACCUCAAGGUACACUUGCGGGUUCACAGUGGUGAGAGACCCUUUCAGUGUCACCUCUGUAAGAAGAGCUUCACCCAGCUAGCCCACCUACAGAAACAUCACUUGGUCCACACAGGGGAGAAACCACACGAAUGCCAGGUGUGUCACAAGCGGUUCAGCAGCACCAGCAACCUGAAGACUCACCUGAGGCUGCACUCAGGAGAGAAGCCCUACCAGUGCAAGCUCUGCAGCACCAAGUUCACCCAGUACAUCCACCUGAAGCUGCACCGGCGCCUGCACGCCGCCCGGGAGCGGCCCUACAAGUGCCAGCUGUGCGCCCGCGCCUUUGCCCACCGCUUCUCGCUGCGCCUCCACCAGCGCAGCUGCUGCCCCGCCUCCCCCCAGCCGGGCCACGCCUCCCCCGCCAACCUGCGGCGUACUGCCGAGCUCGUCGAGCGCUUCGAUGCCAGCGCCGAGGCUGAUGCCCUGCCAGAGAGUGCCGGCCCCGCGCAGGUGGACGCCGCCAUGAAGUGCUGGAUCUCUGGGAGCCUGGAGGACAAGGAGGACCAGGAGGAGGGCGUGGCUCUAAAAACAGAGAAGCCCGUCCCGAGCCCGCCCUCCGCCUGCCAGCAGCGGGCCAGCGUGGUGCACCUGCACGGCCAGCCCCUGGUGAAGACCGAGGCGCAGUGAGGAGGGAGGGUGGGGCUGGGAUGGCAAGAACACCAGGAGACUGUACAUGGCUGGAGAGCAGCCACCGUCUGUCUGGGUCACAAAGAGAGGUCGCUCAGCAAGCAAGCAAUCACCAAAAGCAUGUCAUUUUUCAUUGUCAUCCAAGGGGAAAAGUGAAACAAAGCCAAGGGUAUUGAGAACAGAAAAAGACCCUGCCGAAGACUUGCCUCUCUGCUGAACUGUUUGAGUAGGUCCUGUAGGCUGCAGCUCCAAACUAUUAUCUGAUUUCUCAGCAGAACAUUGUUUUGAUAUAGAACUGCAUAUCCCCAAGUAGUUCAGUCUGUAUUAAUUUAUUGACAAACUCUUUCUGGUAUUUUGAGAGGUGUGCUUUAUUUUUACUUUAUGUGUGGGGCUGAGUGCCUGUCCUUGAGAAUCUAUUUGUGUGUGUGUGUGUGUGUGUGUGUGUGUGUGUGUGCUUGUCUCUCCCUCCGAGGCAAGAGGGAGCCUCUCAGGACAAGGAAGCGGGUUUUGAUUCCUCUUCUAGGCGUCUGCUGACAGGAGACUGUUUUUUUCUCUCUCAGGUGUGUUGCUGUACUUCCUCAAACCUGCCUCUCCCAGAGACAGUGCAGACUUUAUCCUGGGUUUUUGUGUGUGUGCAUAUGUAUGUGUAUAUGUCUAUGUGUGUCUGUGACUGUCAGAUUGUGCAGGGUAUGUAACUGCAUUUGUAUUUCUUGAAAGAGGAAGGCCUCGGGCAGUGUUUAUUUUGGAGUAGAGAGAGGGCAUUUUGGGGAAAGUUUACAUCUCUGUCUAUAUGGUGUUCCUGUUCCACAAACAGACAGUUGUUUUGUCAUUCAUUGUUUUUUAAUGUUUUUUGUGUAAAAAACAUUAGAUGAAGACCAAAAGAUCAGCGGUUUUGUAACCACGAGUCUGUACUGGAAAAGCACUUGCCAAAAAGAGAAACGAGACAACAAACAAGCACAAAAAGUUUUGUUACUAGAACUUAGCAGAUUCCAGGAAGUAACUUGUCAUACCUUUAGUGUGAUGGCACACCUAGUAACCUCAAUAACCUUCCAGAAACCUGCCUGAGCACGAGUAACUGGCUAAUGCCUGUCACACUUAUAUGGACCCUUUCAAUAGAAUGCUAAUGAGCCACACAGCUGUCAGGGGUGGACCAUGGCCUCUCUGCAGAGC